AUGAUUAUUCUCUCAUGGAAUGCAAGGGGGUUGAAUAGCACCCCCCGUCAAAAGGCUAUUCAAGAUUUGAUUGCUGUUCAUUCUCCUGAUAUCUUUUGUAUCCAGGAAACUAAGCUUCUGGUGGAUCUCAUGUUUCAACAUGCUCCUCGUAUUUGGUUUUCUAGCCAGUGUCAGUGUAUUGGUUCUAGGGGAACCUCUGGGGGUCUGGCUCUUUUCUGGGAUCCUCGUAAGGUUGUCCCUCAUUGGUGGAUUUCCAGCCAGUCUGCUAUUUCUAUGGUGGCCUCGAUUUUGGAAUCUGGUGAGACUAUUUUGGUUAGUAAUGUUUAUGCUCCAAUUGAUAUUCGUGGUAAAUCCCAGCUUUGGGCUCAUAUCAGGUAUGUUAGGUCCUGUGCUCCCUUUCUACCUUGGAUUUUAGCUGGUGACUUCAAUGCUGUGUUGAGCUUGGAAGAGAAAAGGGGAGGGCUGCCUAGGCUUGGCCCUUCUUCAGAUAUGUUUCGGACUAAUGUGGACUCUCUAGCUUUGAUGGAUGUAAAACCCUCUAAUGGAAUUUUCACUUGGAAUAAUAGAUGGAGUGGGCCUGAAGUGAUUGCCCAGCGGCUUGAUCAUUUCCUUGUCUCUUGCUCUUGGGUUAGAGGUAGCUUGGUCAUUUGCUCUGAGAUUCUUGACUGGCGUGGCUCUAAUCAUUGGCCAAUUAAGUUUUCGACUUCAGCCUUUCCAAAUCCUAAGAACCCCCCUUUCAAAUUCCAGCUCAUGUGGUUGCGUGAUCCGUCUUUAGGUGAUCUUGUGGCUCAAUGGUGGUGA